GCGCAGGCGCACGCCACGCUCCCGGGCAGUAUGGCGGACGCCGCUGUUCAAUCCCUCAAGAGAAAGCGCGAGCUGGGCGCAGAGGAGGCGGAAGCCCCCGGGACGGAAGAAGAGAACGCGGGUGUUGGAAAUGGUGCUUCUGCUCCUGUCCGCUUACCAUUCUCUGGCUUUAGGGUGCAAAAAGUGUUGAGGGAGUCUGCGCGGGACAAAAUCAUUUUUCUCCAUGGGAAGGUGAAUGAGUCUUCUGGGGACAGGGAUGGAGAGGAUGCUGUUGUGAUCCUGGAGAAGACGCCGUUUCAGGUGGAACAGGUGGCCCAGCUCCUGAAAGGCAGCCCUGAGCUCCAGCUGCAGUUCUCCAAUGACAUCUAUAGCACCUAUCACCUCUCCCUUCCAAAGCACCUGAGUGAUGUGAAGACCACGGUGGUUUACCCUGCCACAGAGAAACACCUGCAAAAGUACCUGCGGCAGGACCUCUGCCUGGUCCGAGAGACGGGAGAGGAUUACAAGAAUGUCACCUUACCCUACCUGGAGUCCCAGAGCCUCAGCAUCCAGUGGGUGUAUAACAUUCUGGAGAAGAAGGCAGAAGCUGACCGGAUUGUUUUUGAGAACCCAGAUCCCUCUGAUGGCUUUGUCCUCAUCCCUGACCUCAAGUGGAACCAACAGCAGCUCGAUGACCUGUACCUGAUUGCCAUCUGCCAUCGCCGGGGCCUCAAGUCCCUUCGUGACCUGACUCCGGAGCACCUGCCGCUGCUCAGGAACAUCCUUCGGGAGGGGCAGGACGCCAUCCUCCAGCGCUACCAGGUGGCCCCCGACCGCCUCCGAGUGUACCUGCACUACCUGCCCUCCUACUACCACCUGCACGUGCACUUCACCGCCCUGGGCUUCGAGGCCCCUGGCUCGGGCGUGGAGCGGGCUCACCUGUUGGCGGAGGUGAUCGAGAACCUAGAGUGUGACCCAACACACUACCAGCGGCGCACGCUCACCUUUGCCCUCAGGGCUGACGACCCACUGCUCCAGCUGCUGCAGGAGGCCCAGAAAAGCUGAGUUGACUCAGGCGCUGUCAGGAGAAGAAGAGCACAGAUAUGUGGGGAUUUGU